CAGUGGUGCUAUUGUAGCCACGUGACAAUUUGACAUCUGGCUGCCGAAGCGGCAUUCGUCAAAACGAUGCCAACUUUCGCACACGACACUACAAAAUACGAAUCAGAUUCGUGCAAAAUACGAAGAGAGAGUUUAUUUUGUGUGAUACGGUGGAAUUAGUUUUCAGUUGUACUCCGUAAGUGACGUCGAAAAGUGACGUUUCGUUUCGCGCGCAAUUCGUAGUUAUCAAACAAUAGUGGUGAAAGUUAUGCUGUUAUUAAGUGUUGUGAUAUUUUAAGAUUUCGUAUAAUGGAAAUAAUAAAAAGUUGCUGUUUCAUCCUAAUGAAAUCAACUAAGUUACUAAGGAGGUUUGCAGCAGCGCGAGUGGGUCAGCGGCGCGCGCGCACAAUGCUCGUCACCAUCAAAGGCUUCUGGAAGGUCUGCCGUUAUGGCGACCUCUACAUGGUGCUGGCGGCAUUGGCCGCGCAGUCCAUCAACAUCUCGGUGGGCUUCUGCCAGGGCUUCUCCGCGGUGCUCUUGCCGCAGUACACGCACGAGCACCCCAAUAUCACAUACGAACAGAGCUCAUGGAUUGCGAGUCUGGGCGUGAUCUCGAACCCGGUGGGCGCGCUGCUGGGCGGCAUGAUGGUGGACGUCCUAGGCCGGCGGUUGCUGCUGCAGUCCAUCGUGCUGCCCAACCUGUUGGGAUGGCUCGUCAUCGCCUUCUCCGACACAUACCUCUUCCUAUGCGUGGGGAGAUUCGUCACCGGAUUCACUAUUGGUAUGUCAACGGUGUCCUACAUUUACGUGGCGGAAAUAACAACACCUGAAAAACGAGGAGUAUUGAGCGCUCUCGGACCCGGCCUGGUGUCUACUGGGAUUUUCGUCGUCUACUCGCUAGGAGCCUUCAUCCAUUGGAGGAAAGUCGCAGCUAUCUGCGCCGGAUUCUCACUUCUCACACCGUUCUUGAUGUAUUUUGUUCCCGAGUCACCUCUCUGGUUGGCUUCCAAGGGCCAGAUGAAGGAGGCUUACAACGCUCUAUUCUGGCUGCGACAGAACAACAGCACUGCCCAACAGGAACUGAUGGAGUUCACGAAAGACCGAAAGACCAGUGAGAAUAUGAGCUUGAAACAGAAGCUCGGUCUCUUUAAGCGACGGAACGUUCUAAAACCGUUCGCUUUGCUGAUAGUGUUCUUCAUAUUUCAAGAGAUGUCGGGGAUCUACGUGAUAUUGUACUACGCGGUGGACUUCUUCAAGUCGGUCGGCACUAGUGUCAAUGAGUUCACAGCUUCCAUCAUCGUCGGUGGUGUGAGAGUGUUCAUGGGUGCGGUGGGUGCUUGUCUGAUAAACAGUUUCAGACGGAAGACUUUAGCUGCUGCAUCAGGACUGUUGCUAGGUGUGGCAAUGCUGGGAGCUGCUGUUUGCGACAGUCUCGACGGGCCGCCAUUACUGAAGCUAGCCUGUGUGCUGCUGCACGUGUCUUUCAGUAUGGUCGGCUUUUUGCAAUUGCCCUGGAUAAUGUCUGGGGAAUUAUAUCCUCAGGAUAUCAGAGGCAUCAUGUCAGGUGCUACGUCUUGCUGUGCGUACAUGCUGAUAUUCUUCAAUAUAAAAACCUAUCCUCAGUUAGAAUACUACUUGACGAGUAACGGAACUCUGUAUUUGUUCGGUGUUUGCGCGUUGUUCGGGGCGGCGUACUGUCUGCUGUGUCUCCCGGAGACGAAAGGAAAGACUCUAUCUGAGAUCAUGAGACAAUUUGAGGAGGAGAAGAAGGAUGUCGAUCCUGAGAUAGGUUGUGAUAAGCAGGGUAAAGAGGUACGGACGGGGCAGAGACGACACAGCGCGGGCGCGGCUGUAUCGCUGGAGAAGGGCGAUGUGUUCACGCCGCGCUGGACUCAAAAGGAGCCAGCAGAGACGGAACACCGCGAAUAACGUUCCUAAUUAACUUCAGGCGAAUUUAAACCUUAUUCUAUUCUAAAAAAGAUAUUUAUUGUAUGCAAUAUUUAAAUUUUUAUUAAAUUUUAAUGCCUACAAUUAUCAACUUUAUCACAAUGUUUUAAGGUUGAUAUUUUAUUUAUUUUUAUUGCCUGAUAUGAAUUGAUA